AUGCCCGGGCAGGUGUACGGCCAACUUGACGCUGAGGAGAAGAUAGCCCAGAUCUUGGACGCGCUGUCGGAGUGCACCUGGGAUCAUCAUCAGGGCAAGUACCCCGAAGAAAUUAUUGAUCCGAAAAGGCAACUACACUACAAAAUAUUCCCUAAAGCCAGCCUUAAACCAUCCUUUGCAGCCAGCCCAAAAUCAAAAACACUUCAACAACUCAGGAUUUGCUGCAAAUGUCUGGGUUUUUGGGGAACCCAAGGCAAGCCGCGCUAUGGUGGCCUCCACAUCAUCCGCGCACCGACGGGUGGCGUGCAGAUUCAGGCACUUCAGCACAGCUCGUGCCCUGCAGGCCCUGAACCCUUCCACGACAACCCGAGGUGCUACGGUUUGAAAGACUUUUGGACUUUGGUUUCUGGGACUUGUUAG